GCGGGAGGCACUAGCAACACAGGCCGCCGAGGGAAAUGGCUGAGUACUUGCGGCUGCCCCACUCCCUGGCGCAGAUCCGCCUCCGAAACCCGCCGGUCAACGCSAUCAGUUUGGCUGUACUCAAUGGAAUAAAAGAGGGACUAAAGAAAGCCAUAUCCGACCAUACAGUAAAAGCCAUUGUGAUAUCUGGAGAAAAUGGAAUAUUCUGUGCAGGUGUGGAUAUCCACAGCUUCAGCACUCCUGGAUUCUCUGGCUUUGAUUUGGGAAGUUUAGUCGAUGAAUUACAGAGAUAUCAGAAGCCCGUGGUAGCCGCUAUCCAAGGCGUGGCCUUAGGAGGGGGACUGGAGCUGGCCUUGGGCUGUCACUAUAGGMUUGCUCAUGCAGAGGCUCAUAUUGGCUUCCCAGAAGUCACAUUAGGAAUUCUUCCUGGUGCAAGAGGAACCCAGCUUCUCCCCAGACUCAUUGGAAUUCCUGCUGCACUUGACUUAAUUACAUCAGGGAGACACAUUUUGGCGGAUGAAGCACUUAAGCUGGGCAUUCUAGAUGAAGUUGUGGAUUCAGAUCCAGUAGAAGCAGCAAUCAAAUUUGCCCUGAGAAUUUUAGAUCAACCUUUAGAAUCUCGAAGAAUCUUGAACAAGACAGUGCCAAGUUUACCAAACAUGGACACCAUUUUCAGGGAAGCCUUUGCAAAGAUGCAGAAGCAGUACCCUGGGUGCCUGGCUCCAGAGACUUGUGUCCGUGCAGUCCAGGCCUCUGUGAAGUAUCCCUAUGAAGUGGGCAUCAAGGAGGAAGAGGAGCUAUUUAUGUACCUUCGGGGAUCAGGGCAGGCUAGAGCCCUGCAGUAUGCUUUCUUUGCUGAAAAGAAUGCAAGUAAAUGGUCCACUCCCUCUGGGGCCUCAUGGAAUUCCCCAUCCAUUGAAUCAUUCAUUUUCUCCUUCACUGUCUCUGCAGGCUUGGGAACCAUGGGCCGAAGCAUUGUCAUUACUUUUCUAAGGGCAAAAAUUCCUGUGGUUGCUGUAGAAGUAGACCAAAAGCAGCUCAAAACUGCAAAGAAGAUAAUAACUUCCAGCUUGGAAAAGGCAGCAUCCGAAAUGCCACAGAAUGACCAGCCUUGGUCAGGACCAAAACUCAGGUUCAGUUCAUCUAUGAAGGAGCUUGCUAGCGUAGACUUAGUUGUCGAAGCAGUAUUUGAGGAUAUGAAGCUGAAGAAACGAGUCUUUGCUGAACUGUCAGCUGUGUGCAAGCCAGAAGCAUUUUUGUGCACCAAUACUUCAGCCCUGGAUGUGGAUGAAUUUGCUUCUUCCACAGAUCGGCCGCAUUUGGUCAUUGGCRUGCACUUCUUCACACCAGCUCAUGUAAAGAAGUUGUUAGAGGUUAUUCCUAGCCGACACUCUUCCCCCAGCACCAUUGCCACUGUUAUGAACUUAGCCAAAAAGAUUAAGAAGAUUGGCGUAGUCGUAGGCAACUGCCAUGGCUUUGUUGGUAAUCGAAUGCUGGUCCCUUAUUAUAACCAGACGUAUUUCUUGGUAGAAGAAGGUAGCAAGCCAGAGGAGAUAGAUCAGGUGCUGGAGGAAUUUGGUUUUAAAAUGGGACCCUUUCGAGGGUCUGAUCUUGCUGGGUUGGAUGUGAGUUGGAAAGUUCGCCAGGAACAAGGUCUUACUGGACCCACAUUGCCUCCUGGUACUCCUGUCCGAAAGCGGGGUACUAGAAGAUACUGCCCAAUUCCUGAUAUGCUCUGUGAAUCAGGACGCUAUGGGCAGAAGACAGGGCAGGGGUGGUAUCAAUAUGACAAGCCAUUGGGAAGGAUUCACAAACCUGAUCCCUGGCUUUCCAAAUUUCUGUCACAGUACAGAGAAACCCAUCAUAUUGAACCCCGUGUCAUUAGCAAGGAUGAGAUCCUUGAGCGCWGCUUGUAUGCACUCAUCAAUGAAGGGUUCCGUAUCUUGGGAGAAGGGAUGGCUGCUGGCCCAGAGCACAUUGAUGCCAUCUACUUGAAUGGGUGUAGCUGGCCAAGGCACAAGGGUGGGCCCAUGUUCUAUGCUUCCACAAUUGGGUUGCCCACAGUUCUGGAGAAGUUGCAGAAGUACUACAGGCAGAAUCCUGAUAUUCCCCACCUGGAGCCCAGCGACUACCUAAAAAAGCUGGCCUCCCAGGGAAACCCUGCUCUGAAAGAAUGGCAAAGCUUGGCAGGGCCCCCCAGCAGUAAAUUGUGAUUCAGGCUGUGCCUCCCAUGCUGGCAUCGGGUAAAACUCACUGGAUUUCAAUAAAGUUAAUUCCAAGAAUCCAGAGUAAGAGUACUCUGAAAUGCAAAGCAAAGGAAGAAAUUGGUUACUUAAACCUUCCUUUUGGUGUUUUUUCUUCUUGAUUCUAAUGAAGGAAAUCUUUAUGAAAGUGCUUUCUAUGCCUCUGAAUGUGUUCCUUUCAGAUAAAUUUAGUGAAUGAAGUUGUGUAAACAUAAUUCUACAAUAGCUGAUGAGAGAGCCUUAGGAAUAUGUUGAGGUUCCCAAGUGCUUUGAUUGUUGGAGCAAUGUUCAACAUUUAAUAAAAUAUAAAUGUAGCUAAAUCAUAAACUUCUUUUGUCUUGGCCUGGGGAUAUAGCUCAGUUGGUAGAGUGCUUGCCUCCCCUGCACAAGGCCCUGGGUUCAAUCCYCAGCAUCACACAUACACAAAAAAAUUUCUUUUGUCUUUUUAACCUCACAUACGUAUUCUUGAUUGCAAAUCCUAUAGGUCAUACAUGCCCACACAGUCACUGAGCACCCCCUGAGUUUCUUGCUCCACUUGAGAGCACAUGGAAGACCUAGAGCCCAGAGGAUAUUAAACUAGUAUAGAAGCCUGCGUUGCUGUUGGGUCCAUACUUUCAGAGAUGGAGAUCAUURGCAGGGUAGAGUCUGCAAUGAGGGUCUCUAUGGGCCGGGGGCAUGGAACACUGCCUAAGGACAAGCAGAUUAGGAGCAAGAAAGAAGGCCCAUCAGAGUUGGAAAUUGGUGAGGACUCCAAGUAUUUGAGACCCAAACAGGGCACUCCAGGGCAGCUUGGCAAAUCAUGCUCAUGAGAUCAUUUCUGUCCAAGGCUCAGUCUCCUGUGCUUGCUGCUUGCAAGCGGCUCAGUGAUAUUUGUUGUUUAUUCCCCAGGACACAGAACAUAUGCAACGUGGUCUUUAUGGUCUUUUCUAUUCAAGGAGAAGUAACAGAAAGACUAAAGUUGUUCCCUUAGUUUAAGAAGGGAUCUUAGUGAACAUCUAAUGUUCAAGGAUUUCUUAAUUAAAAAAAUUUUUUUUGUAGUUGUAGAUGGACAGAAUGCCUUUAUUUGUAUAUUUUUUAA